CAAAUUCCAUUAUGUCUCUAUAUAUACACUUCUAAACUCAAGGUCAAAAUGUCAGACACAACCAAACAACUUUUAUCACUUCUCAUCUCUUGUGAAUCUUCUCCAUCACUCCACAUACCUCACUUAGCCAUUAGAAAAUAUGGGUGUUCCAGCAAUCAUCUUCAGGGUAUCUUUUUUGACCAUACUCAUCAAAUUGGCCUUGGCUACAAAUUACAUUGUUGGAGGACCAAAUGGUGGGUGGGACACAAACUCAAACCUUCAAUCAUGGGCAUCAUCUCAGAUACUUUCAGUGGGAGACAGUCUAGUUUUCAAGUACCUGCCAAACCAUGAUGUGGUUGAAGUUACAAAGGCAGACUAUGAUUCUUGCCAGCCAUCCAACCCUAUUCAGUCUUACAACGAUGGCGCCACAACCAUCCCUCUCACCUCACCAGGGAAAAGAUACUUCAUCUGUGGAACAAUGGGACAUUGCAGCCAAGGAAUGAAGGUUGAAGUAAACACUCUUGCCACUGCAGCAUCUCCUGAAGAUUCUACUACUUCGCCUGCAGAAUCACCUGAAGAAAUUCCCGCAGCACCAAGUCCAUCGUUCCAAACUGAUAUAGAAAGUCCUAUAUCUUCUCCAGUCAUUCCUUCUAAUGAAUUUCCUGCUUCUGUUUCACCUCUAGCACAACAUUCACAAGACGUGUCAGCUUCAUCUACCAGGGAAGGAAAUCUACAAGCCUCCUUUAUAGUUUCAAGCUUCCUAAUGAUGUUUAUGGCCUUCUAAGGACGGUGAAAAUUUUAGUUAAUCGUUACUUCUGAGUUCAUUGUAUGAAAAUUGUUAUGGUGUUCUCUUUGUCAGUUUGGUGUGGUUAUUGCUUACAAAUUCAGAUAUAAUUUUUAUGAGCGUGUGUUAUUAGUCAAUGAUAUUUGAUUUUAGACCCCAUUACUGAAA